AUGAGUUUGCAAAAGUCCGGUUAUCACAUUAUUCUCCUUGUAACCGGUUGCGAUGAAGAUAAAAAUAAAAAAAAACACCUGAAGUUCGGCGGGCGAUGGCGCACAGGCGCGGGAAAUCGGCGCGUCGUCGUCCCACCCGUUAUGCAUAGCACAUUCUCCUCGAAAUAUUUCCCGAAAACGUUUGUUUUGACGUGUCGCGUUGAACGUGUUGAUUACACUGUCCUAACCGCUACUUUAAAAAGAAUGACGUCACCGGCAUUGAAAAAGUCACCGGAACAUCAGAAGAUUAGCAAUAAGUCGCCUACUCGUUCGACAACAGAGCGGCCGCAGCCGACGGAGCCUGUAGCUUCAACUUCAGCCUCAACGUCUGAACAGCCCGAAGCAUUCAGCUUUCUACGAAUCUUCAAACUCGCCGAUCUAAUGAUGAAACAAGGCUGU